CCCCGCCCCGCCCCCCGCCCCGCCGCAGUCCGCAGGAGCCGCCGCAGCAGCCGGCCGCGGGGCGGGAUUCGCGGGGCGCCGCCGGGAGCGCAGCUCGACUCCGUCGCGCCUGUGCUUCGCCCGCGGGAUCCGGCUGACCAGCUCGCCCUCCGGCGAGGAGUCGCGGCUGCACGGCCGCCGCAGGGGCCCGCCCACCGGACCCUGCCCGGGCCGGCCGCCCGCCCGCCCGUGCGGACUCUGCCGUUGAUGACACCUGGCCGACGGCUGCCAUGGAGGGGGACGGUUCCGAGGCGCUGGUCACCAUCAAGAAUAUCGAGAGGGAGCUCGUUUGCCCGGCGUGCAAGGAGCUGUUCACCCACCCGCUGAUCCUGCCCUGCCAGCACAGCAUCUGUCACAAGUGUGUGAAGGAGCUGCUCCUGUCGCUGGAUGACGGGCUCAAUGAUGUGGGCUCCGACACCUCCAACCAGAGCAGCCCCCGGCUCCGGCUGGCCUCCCCCAGCAUGGACAGGAUCGACCGAAUCAGCAGGCCAGGUUAUAAGAAGAUGCUCAAUGGCUGGAAGCGCAAUUCCUUGACCCCUAGGACGACUUCUUUUCCUUGUCCUGGCUGUGAGCACGACGUGGAUCUCGGAGAACGAGGGAUCAGCGGUCUGUUUCGCAAUUUCACGUUGGAAACCAUCGUCGAGAGAUACCGGCAGGCAGCGCGGGCGGCCACGGCCAUCAUGUGUGACCUCUGCAAGCCUCCCCCACAGGAGUCCACCAAGAGCUGCAUGGACUGCAGUGCCAGCUACUGCAAUGAGUGCUUCAAGAUCUACCACCCCUGGGGCACCGUGAAGGCUCAGCACGAGUACGUGGGCCCCACCACGAACUUCAGACCCAAGAUUUUGAUGUGCCCAGAGCAUGAAACGGAGAGAAUCAACAUGUACUGUGAACUGUGCCGGCGGCCCGUGUGCCAUCUCUGCAAGUUGGGUGGCAGCCACGCCAACCACCGCGUCACCACCAUGAGCAGUGCCUACAAGACCCUCAAGGAAAAGCUGUCCAAGGACAUCGACUAUCUCAUUGGUAAGGAGAGCCAGGUGAAGAGUCAGAUUUCUGAGCUGAACUUGUUGAUGAAGGAAACAGAGUGCAAUGGAGAGCGGGCUAAAGAAGAAGCAGUCACACACUUUGAGAAGCUCUUUGAGGUUCUAGAAGAGAGGAAGUCGUCUGUCCUGAAGGCCAUCGACACCUCCAAGAAGCUGCGGUUGGACAAGUUUCAGAGCCAAGUGGAGGAGUACCAGGGCCUCCUGGAGAACAGCGGGCUGGUGGGCUACGCCCAGGAGGUGCUCAAGGAGACCGACCAGUCCUGCUUCGUGCAGACGGCCAAGCAGCUGCACCUCAGGAUACAGAAAGCUACUGAGUCUUUGAAGAGCUUCCGGCCUGCGGCUCAGACCUCUUUUGAAGACUUUGUUGUUAACACAUCGAAGCAAACAGAGCUGCUCGGAGAGCUGUCCUUCUUCUCCAGCGGCCUGGACGUGCCAGAGAUCAGCGAGGAGCAGAGCAGGGUUUACAACAGUGCCUUGAUCACCUGGCACCACCCGGAGAAGGGCAAGGCGGAUAGCUAUGUCCUGGAGUACCGGAAGCUGGACCGGGAGGAGGAGAUGGUGCCCUGGCGUGAGCUGCAGGUGUGCGGCACCAGCAAAGUGGUGACGGACCUGGAGGACAACUGCAGCUACGCCUUCCGCGUGCGCGCCUACCGCGGCUCCGUCUGCAGCCCUUGCAGCCGGGAGCUGGUUCUGCACACGCCGCCGGCCCCAGUCUUCAGUUUCCUCUUCGAUGAGAAAUGCGGCUACAACAACGAACACCUCCUGCUGAACCUGAAGAGAGACCGGGUGGAGAGCAGAGCUGGGUUUAACAUCCUGCUCGCGGCUGAGCGCAUCCAAGUGGGCUGCUACACAACCUUGGACUACAUCAUCGGCGACGUCGGCAUCACCAAAGGGAAGCACUUCUGGGCCUUGCGCGUGGAGCCCUAUUCCUACCUGGUGAAAGUGGGCGUGGCUUCCAGCGAUAAGCUGCAGGAGUGGCUCCGCUCUCCUCGGGACACGGCCAGCCCAAGAUAUGAGCAAGACAGCGGCCACGACAGCGGGAGUGAAGACGCGAGCUUUGACUCUUCACAGCCUUUUACAUUGGUUACCAUCGGCAUGAAGAAAGUUUUUAUACCCAAGUCACCCACUUCGUCUAAUGAACCUGAGAACAGAGUUCUUCCCAUGCCCGCGAGCAUAGGGGUCUGCCUGGACUGUGAUAAGGGCCAGGUGAGCUUCUACGACAUGGACCGCAUGAGGUGCCUGUACGAGCGCCCGGUGGACUGCUCGCACACCAUGUACCCAGCAUUUGCUCUCAUGGGCAGUGGCGGGAUUCAGCUGGAAGAGCCCAUCACAGCAAAAUAUCUGGACUACGCAGAGGCCGUGUAGUCGGCACACCUGCUGCGACCGAGGACGAGAACUGUGACUAAAGCCGUGUCUUGCGGUAGCCUUCGUGACCAAUUACAGAUCAUCUAAGUAUUCUGUCGCCA